UUAAUUUCCAGCAGACUGUUUCAGUUUAUGUUGGUUUUGCUUUCAUUAAGAGAAGAUACCACAAGAUCAUCUGAGUUUAGAAGCCAUCUAAUGCCUUAAUGGCUUGCCAUAUAUAUUGGUUGAUUUUGAUGGGGCUUUUCUGUGUUAGCUGCGAAGUAUCUGAGCCUAUAGAUACGAUGUGCACUGAGGUUAUAGCCAACAAAAGCUAUAGCUGUGAAGAUUUAGGACUGAGAGAGAUUCCUGAAAGACUCCCAGCCACAACAGAAAUCCUUGACUUCAGCUUUAACUUGCUUUCUUCCCUUCACAAUUCAACCUUCAGCAAACUAAAGAAUCUGGUAUAUUUAGACUUAACAAGGUGUCAAAUUAACUGGGUGUACGAAGGUGCCUUUCAAAGCAACACUCAUCUGAACAUUAUUGUCUUGACUGGAAAUCUACUCAUGUUUCUGGCUGACACAGCAUUUGUUGGCCCACAGUCUCUGAAGCAUCUUGUCUUAACUGAGACAGGUCUAACCAGUUUAGCAUUUAUUCCAAUGCAGAAUCUGGAUAAUUUAGAGACUUUUGACUUGGGCAGCAAUCACAUCUCCUCACUGCAGCUCCCUCCAAGCUUUCCAACCAGAAACCUCAAAUACCUUGAUUUUCAAAUGAACAACAUACAAAGAAUAGCAGCAAAAGACAUAGAUAUUCUGCUGCAGACAAAGAAUUUAACUCUUAUCUUGAAGGGAAAUGAUAUUAUGCACAUUGAAGCUGGGGCAUUCCAGUCCAACUUAUUUUACAGCUUGGACUUUGGAGGUUGCGUUGACAUUUCUGUGGUUUUAGCAGGGAUGCAGGAUACCAAAACCCAUACUCUUUGGUUGGGGUCAUUUGAGGAUGUAGAAAAUGGGCUUCCCAUAAACCCUACUAUGCUACAGAACCUGUGCAAUAUCUCUGUGGUGGAUAUCAAUCUGCAAAAGCGGCAUUUCCUUCACCUGACUGCUGCCACAUUUCAGUGUUUGAGCAAACUCCAAAGGCUGGAUCUGACUCACACCUAUAUCAGCAUGUUACCUCCUGACAUCAGCGGCAUGAACAUGUUGGAAGAAUUAAUUCUCAAUAGGAACGCCUUUAAGCACAUUUGCAACAUUAGCUCCACUGCUUUCUCCUCCCUCACCCACCUCCAUAUCAGAGAAAAUGCUGAGAAUCUGGACUUAGGCUCCGGCUGUUUAGAAACACUGUCAAAGCUUCAACACCUGGAUUUAAGCCACAGUUACAUAGAAAAUGGAGACUGCUGCAGCAAGCAGCUAAAAGGCCUGAUCGGAUUACAACACCUGAAUCUGAGCUACAACAAGCAGCUUCAGCUCCAAGAUUUGGCCUUUAAGGAAGGUGCGAACCUGGAGCUCCUGGAUUUAGCUUUUACACGUCUUCACAUCAAUGCUUCCCAGGGUCCUUUCCGCAAUCUGCAUCUCUUGCGUGUCCUGAACCUUUCUUACUCCUAUAUUGAUACCAACAUUCAGCACCUUUUACAGGGGCUGCAAAACCUUUUCCUGUUGAACCUUAGGGGGAAUAAGUUUCCAUCAGGGACCAUUCUGAAUGACAAUCUCUUUCACCAGGUAUCCAGUUUAGAGGUGUUAAUUUUAUCAUUCUGUGAUCUGACAGCUAUACAAAACCAAGCAUUUUACACCCUCAAGAAGCUAAAGCAGGUUGACCUGAGCCACAACAAGCUUAUUGCAUUCAGCACAAAUGCAUUUUCCAAUCUCAAGAGCAUCUAUCUCAAUUUUGCCAAUAAUAGGAUCCAUAUUAUACCACGUGACAUGUUAACUAACUUAUCUGACCAGAGUAUAAUCAAUUUAAGUUACAAUCCACUGGAAUGCACCUGCUCUAAUAUUGGUUUAAUAACUUGGUACAAGCAGAAUAUGGAUAAAAUUGAAGACUCUGAAGGGACAGUGUGUUGUGAGCCCAAAUCUCUAGCAGGUACUAAGCUGUCCACUGUAACAUUGUCCUGUGGGAUCAGUGUUACAGGAAUUGUUUGUGCUGUGCUGGUUUUAAUAUUGCUUGUUGCUGUUAUCUUGGUUUGGAUCACCCGCUUUUUAAAGAGACAUUACCAACAACUCUAAGUGAAGGAUGGCUCCACCAGUGUCAUUUUAAAAGAAAGGACAGUGAGUAGACAAAUUCUGAAGAAAAGGUCAUUUUCCCUACUUGUUGCUUUGUUCCUGGGCAAUAUUCCUUUUAAUAUUAGUAUUACACGCCCCAUUCUCAUUUGUAGCAACUGAUUAAAGAAAAAUUACUAUGAAAAAACAAACCAGGGCCAGAACUUGUGAAGAGCUUUAGCCACACAAGUAACAUAUUAGGGUCCUGAUCUAUGACAAGGGCUCCUAGGCUCUCAGGUAAUACAAAUAAUAAUAGUUAGUCCCAUUGAAGUCUGUCACUAGCCCUCAACUAUAAGCUUGUCCUGGGGCCUCAGGCAGCUGAGUGGGCUAAGGGAAUGUCACCGAGGAGGAAAGGGGUGAGAAAUGAAGUGGGAAUACCGGUUCCCCCAAAUGAAUAGGCUGCUCUGAAGUCAGAAUUUAGACACCAGUGCUGUCUGAAUGGCUUAGGCAAUAGCACGGCUGGUCCUGCACACAUGGUUGCUCUAAAAGAAAAUUAGACUGGCCUCUUUCCUGAUCAUUGUUCACUGAAUCACUGGGUGUAGGUGAAAUGCAGGGCCUUAUUUCUUGCCCUCAAAAGUGUGUGUGUUUGUGGGGGGGGGAGAGGGGCGCAAGGGUUUGUGAGGAACCAGAGGCAGCUUGUGGGGGAAUCAGGGCAAUCUGAGGAACUUUGCAGUCACUGGCCAGAAGGGAACCUCUUAUCAGGGAAUAUCUAGACGCAGUAGUUCGUGUCUUCUCUACUAGCCUGUCACCCACAUCUCUUCCAUAUUAACCCCUUCUCCUCCCUUAGCUCCUGUCCACUUCCUUUCCCACCAGUAGCCCCUCACCUUUUCCUCAAUAACUCCUGUCACCCCUUUCUACCUCUUGCCCCACCAUUUCUCCCCAGUAGUUCUUGGUAUCCCCAUCAGAGCUCAAACCUCCUGCUGGGGCACUGACCCUGCUGCAGGCAGCUCCUCCUCUCUGCUGGGCCUGGAAAAGCAGGAGGAAUCGAGCAGGCAGAGAGGCUGCAGGAACAUGAGAGGGGGGCCAGUGUGGGGGUGUAUGUGUCACAGGAGCCGUAUGCAUUUUGCAGCAUUGAACAUGCUGUGAUGAUUUAAUGAGAAAAUAUUGUUUAUUUUCUCCAUAUACUAAUUGUGGGGCAUUUGUAACAGCGGUCGUGACAAUGACAAUACCCCUUCACAGCUGGGCUUGUACAGGGGAAAUAACUGAGCCAACAAUGCAGCUGUGAUCUGUGAAAUGCAGUAAUGAUGACAGCCAGGGCCAAGCAUUUCCUGGAAGUUGAUGGCCAGCUGUUUUCAAUUCCUCCAAUGCCAGGAAGUGCCCAAAGCUGGAGGUCCUCACUGUUCAAAUGAGUUACUCUCCUCAGAGCAGAGAAGUCCUGUGGAUCCUUGUCUGUAAUGUCCUUUACUGAGGGGCUAGAGAGAACUCAGUCACUCACAGGUUAAUUUUUCAGCCCAGCUUCCCACUUCUCAGCUCCUGCUUCCACUCCCCAGGCAAGCAGCACCUUUCCCUCUCCCUCUUAGGGCGGACCAGGGAGAGCUAAGCAUGUUCUCUUGUGGCUCACAGCCCGCACAACUUCCCUGCUUCUGGCAUGUUGCAGGUUCUCCCAAUGCAACCUGCCUCCCAUCUACUGGUUCAUGGACUGAGGGAGGGGCCAGGAACAUGCAGCAAAAAGAGAUGGGUCAUGUCAAAAGGUCAGGACAAGUGAAGAGGGAGGGAGAUUCCUGUGUGGGGACCAUCUCCACCAAAACCUCACCUUGCCAUUCAAGCAGCCAGAAAUUCUCCUUUCUCCCCAGGACCACUCCUCAGCUGAAUGAUCACAGAUAUCAGUCGCACUUACAUAGCACCUUUUGUCAGAGGAACUCAGAGCACUUUGCGAAGUUGGGUUAGUCUCACUUCCCCUUGACAGAUGCAUGAACAGAGGCAGAGAGGUUAAGUAACUGGCCUCAGGUCACAUAAUGUGUCAGUGGCAGAGGUGAGGAAAGUAUCCAGAUACCAUCAAUCCCAGUUUUUCUUCUCAGUUUUGAUUUCAAUGCUCUGCAGUGCACUAUUGUAGUGGCAUGGGCAGUGGGAUGGGAUAGUUGCUCAAGUACCCAGGGUCCAGAGUAGGAUUGUAUUCAGAGCUGCUAGCCUCUCCUGCUUCCUGCACCAUUGAGGCUACUCUGCUAUUUUUAGUGCACUAGCUUGAUCAAAGCUGAUGCACAUAUGUCUACCGAGCUGGAAUUUACACCUCCAACUCAAGUGUAGACAUGGCCACAGAAAGAAUGACAAACUAGCACACAAGAAAGGAAGACCUUAGGGAAUAAAAGAUGAUAUUCAGUCCAGGAUCAUGAAUGUGUGUUUGCAACUCUUGAUAUAUUAAAAUACCCUCCAAAUAUUGCAGGCAUUUUACCUAUUUUUCCAAUGUAUUAGUAAAUUUGCCAUUUUUUUUUUUUUAUAAAUUCUAUUGGGUACCUAACUUCAAAAUGUGUUUUCUACAUUGCAAAAAGAUGCAUGCUAGGUUAAUAAGUAAAAGGAUUUUUUGGGGACAGGGGAGGGACAUGCAUGGAUCCAAUCUGUGGUAUGUAACCUAUCAUUUAAAUCAGCUUCUGUACAGAUGACUGGAGGAUAGCUAAUGUGAUGCCAAUUUUUUAAAAAGGUUCCAGAAGUGAUCCCAGCAAAUACAGAUGUGUAAGCCUAACUUCAGUACCAGGCAAAUUGGCUGAAACUAUAGUAAAGAACAGAAUUAUCGGACACAUAGAUUAACAUGAUUUGUUGGGGAAGAGUAAAUAUGGCUUUUGUAAAGAGAAAUCAUACCUCACCAAUCUAUUAGAAUUUUUUAAGGGGUCAACAAACAUAUGGACAAGGGUGAUACAGCGUACCUGGACUUUCAGAAAGCCUUUGACAAGGUCCCUCACCAAAGGCUCUUAAGUAAAGUAAGCAGUCAUAGGAUAAGAGGGAAGGUUCUCUCAUGGAUUUGUAACUGGUUAAAAGACAGGAAACAAAGGGUAGGAAUACAUGGCCAGUUUUCAGAAUGGAGAGAGUUAAAUAGUGGUGUAGCCUGAGGUCUGUACUGGACCCAGUCCUAUUCAACAUAUUCAUAAAUGAUCUGGAAAAAGGGGUAAAACAGUGAGACAGCAACAUUUGCAGACAAUACAAAAUUACUCAAGAUAGUUAAGCCCAAAACUGACUACGAAGAGUUAUAAAGGGAGCUCACAAAACUAGGUGACUGGGCAACAAAAUGGCAGAUGAAAUUCAAUGUUGAUAAAUGCAAAGUAAUGCACAUUAGAAAACAGAAUCCCAGCUAUACAUAUAAAACGACGGGGUCUAAAUUAGCUGUUACCACUCAAGAAAGAUCUUGGAGUCAUUGUGGAUAGUUCUCUGAAAACAUCCACUCAAUGUGAAGCAGCAGUCAAAAAAGCUAAUAGUAUGUUAGGAAUCAUUAGAAAAGGGAUAAAAAGACAGAAAAUAUCAUAAUGCCUCCAUAUAAAUCCAGGGGAUGGAUCACUUGAUGAUUGCCUGUUCUGUUCAUUCUCUCUGAAGCACCUGGUGUUGGCCACUGUCGGUAGACAGGAAACUGGGCUAGAUGGACCAUUGGUCUGACCCAGUAUGGCCAUUGUUAUGUUCAAACACCCUCUGCUCCUGACAGACUUGGACAUGAAAGUCUGCAAGGACUCUGGGUCUCCCCUAUUUUCUGAACAAAUCUUUGGUCCUUGGUUCUCAUCUCUUUGAUCCAUUUUGCCAUUUGGACUCCUCUGUUGUCUCAGGAAUAUGCCUUGCAAUUGGUCUAUAUAUUUGGCCUACCUGGUCAGCACCACCCCUUGUUAACAGGGAGUAUGAACUACUCUGGCUUCAAAACAAGGCCUGAAAGCCCAAUCACAUGCUCCACAGAAACAGAACUAAACAGAACGUUAAAAUGCCAGACCUGCCCCAGGGCCUGAAAGCAGAAUCCUCACAGGGUUGCAGCUACAGAUAUCAUUUAAGAAGGCAGAGAAUAUUUUAUCACAUCUAAUUAUAUUUCUCUUGAUUUAAAAGGGAAGAUGGCUGUAUUCUUAUUCACACGAUUAUUGCCUUUUGGUGGGGUUGGCUUUUAUGGAGCGUUGAUCUCUGAAAAAAUAUAGAGAAUUAAUUAGUAAAUGAAUAUAUAAAUACAUCAUAAUAUUGAGAAGUCAGACUAAGCCUUGGAAGGAUUUAUAAUUAACUUAAAUUGUAAAUGGGGAGUGGCUGGACUAACGUUCCACUAAAGCCAUAUCACCACUUCAGUUUUCUCCAACCUUAGUAUCUGAAUGUUCAUAGAAUCAUAGAAUAACAGAGUUGGAAGGGAUCUCUGGAGGCCAUCUAGUCCAACCCCCUGCCCAGAGCAGGACCAAUCCCAACUAAAUCAUCCCAGCCAGGGCUUUGUCAAACCUGACCUUAAAAACUUCUUAGUCCAGAUGCUGGAUGGGCGGAGAUCAGUGUUGUUGGCAGCCUUUGUGUCAGCUGUGCUGGUAAAUGCCAACAAUUUCCCUUUGUGGAAGUGCAGAAAAGGAAACUAAAGGAUGUAAGCAAAAUGAGAUGAGAUGCCUAGUAGGUUCAUGUGCAUUCAGAUACCCUGAAUGCUCAUGGAGCUGAUGGCUAUUUCAUAGUGGGACUGGGGUCUGUACUUCUAGUGCAUGGCCUUUUCUAGUGAGCUCUGCAAAGUUCAGAAAAGACUUAGCAUUACUUAAUAGUGUUGAAUUAGGGAGUUUCUGCUUUACUUUAUCACAGGUUACUAAAUCCAAACAGCAAUAGUUAGGAGUUAAUAUUUAUACUUGGCCCAAAGCCUGACAAGUACUAGGUGUGUCUAUUAGUGGCUAGAAUGCAAGUUUUUGCACCAGUGCUUCCAUAACAACUCAACCCUGUUGCAAAGAGCCAAUCCCCUCUAAAGCUGUGCACUGUUCUCUUUCCACAGAAAUGUAUAUACACUGUAUGGAACAAAGGCUCUCAGUUGUGAUGAAUGGAAUGUUGCAUUUACUCUAUGCAUGGGAGCUGAGUUCUUCUUUGAACACUCUAUACAGUUCAACUUCAGCUAUUAUCCCAGAGGCUUUUCCUUGAAUGUUCUCCCUAUAAAGUCUAAGACAGUUAAUGUAUUGAAGAUCACCACUGAGUUGGAAAGUUUCCACUCCAUUCGCGAGACUUACAAGAUAGAAGAGAAAACAUUGAUAAUAUUUCUCUCCCUUUUGUAGCAGGUACCAAGUUUGGCUCGUGUAAGUCUACAAAAUGGAGAUUCUUGUAGCUCUUUAAAAUGUCUGCACUUCACGUAUACAGAUUGACCUACAACUUCCCUCACAUAUUAUACAGCCCCCAACCUAUUUAACUUAGAUAAACAAUUAUCUGACGGCAUCCCUAUUUUAAACAGGAAAGCCACGUUGAAAAUUGCACAGUAGGCAAUUUUUGAUGUCUGCUGUCCAUUUCACAGCUGUGUAUAUCACUGCCAUAUCUUGGUUAUGAUAACAUAGCAUGUCCACACACUAAUGUCAAUUGUUUUUAUACAUUACAAGUUGUUGCUGUCAGAGGCAAGCUAUCCAAUGUAAAAAUGACCCAGUGAGCUGACCCUGUCAUGCAUAUGGUAUUUGUAUAGACAGAAACAGCAGAACAGGCAGCCUCCAUCAAAACGAUGCUUGCACCCAGAGUGAUCUAAGACAGGAAAAAUGUCUUGGGGCAAACCAUGUCUAUGCAAAGCCCCCUUUAACACUGGAUUGGGUAUUUGCCUGGUCUGCAAAUAAUUCUUUGCAGUGUGGUUGGAGCCAGGACCUGAGGAAGAGCUCUGUGUAAGAUCGAAAGCUUGUCUCUUUACCAACAGAAGUUGGUCCAAUAAAAGAUAUUACCUCACCCCCGCCCCCUAUUUGAAAAAUAAUUGCUCAAUUGACCGGACAAACAUUGGUCAAUAAUGUCAAAAAUGGUCAAAUAUUGUACAGCACUGGUUUAUUAGAAGAGUAAGAGUAAGACUUUAUGGUUGCCAGUAGGCUUAGCCUUAGAUAGAUACUUGUGGCUAAUUACAACAAACAUUUAACUGAGUAAUUUAAACUCACAAUAAUGGAAACACAAUGAAAUGAAGUGCUAGAAAAAUGAAAGAAGCAUGAUGCAACCAAAAAGGGAGGCCGCCAGCUACAGCAGGGCAUUCUUGCUGGAAUAUUGAACAAUAUUUAACAGUGGCCAAAUAAUAGGUGGUCAAUUUACAUGAUUUGACUGACUUGUCAAGCCUACAUCAGCAUAUCUUUGAGAACAGUGCAAAGCGAGCUACAUAAAACCCAGAAACUGCUGAACUUUCACUAGCUGAUUCAAGGCACAUCUUCCAAAACAGAAUUGGUUCAAUACAGUAAGCUCUGCAAUUAUUUAUUUGUAUUACCAUAGUGCCUAGGAGCCCCAGUCAUGGACCACUAUGUUAGGGGCUGUAUAAACACAGAACACAAUGAUGGUCCCUGCUCCAAAGACCUUACAAUCCAAGUCUAAGACAAGAGUUAACAGUUACAAAUAGGGGAGUGAAAGGAAGAUGACGACAGUACUGGCCAGCACGACAGGCAGCGGUCUUAGCAUAUCAGCCGCCUAACCGUUGUCACAUUUUUUGAAGUCAUCACAGCAAAGAAGAAUUUUAAGGAGGGAUUUGAAGGAGGACAAUGAGAAAACAUUGUGCAUGUUUAUGGGGGCGCAGCAGGAGAAAACAUGAAGGUGCCUGCUUGAAAAUGUAAGUGGAAAGAAAGAUGCAUCUCGAAUAAUUUAUUCUCUACAACAGUUUGCUACAAAAGUGAUCUACAAACAGUGGAGUCAAAAGUGAACAGAGCAGCAUUACAGCAUGUGAAAGCAUUGUGCCAAGGUUUCCGAAACAUUUCUGCUGACAUACCUCAGUUGUCAAACUGCAGCUCGGCAAGUAUCAACUACUCACCCUGCCUGGGACCCAAAACUGUAGCAUCAGCACUCUUAUUCCAGCAUGCAUCACCGUGCCUUCUGCAACACCGCCUCACCUUGAAAGAGGAACUUUAGGCUCAAACCUUGCUCAGCUCCCAGAGACAAAAUCUCCAAUGUGAUCCCCUUUGUAGCUGCAGAAACCCGACCCAGUCUCCUAGGGCCAUGAGCAGAGCUAAAUUUCAACCACUUACAAGUCAGCUAAGAAACAAAAAGUCAGCAAAGAAGGUAAAAAACUGAAAAUGAGCAAAAAUAAUUUAACAAGAAUUAAGUGUACCAGGAUGCUUGGAGGGCCAGGUGACCUAGUGGAUGGUGUGCCUGACUUCCAGUCCCUUGUUUCCCUGGGUCAAGGUGUCUCAGUCUUUCAGGCAGUGGGGGGGUAGAGAGACCUAGGAUCUCCCACUCCACCGGGUCCCAGCCCAGGACCUUGUGAGAGUCAACAGAAGGGGGGCUGAACAGGGGGCACUGCAAGCAGGGGGAGAGAACGUGCUCCCUGGGGGCUGCCUUGGCUUCUUCCUUUCAGGCAGCUAGCUCCUGCCUCUUCACCAGUCAACCCUGAACUGGCCCAGGCUCUCUCCUUUUCUCCCCACUCCAGGCCUGUGGUUGGCUGCAGGUAUAACGAGGUGGGGCUAGCUGGGCCCACAGGCGCUCCUUAACCCCUGCUGAGCUGGCAAGCAAUUUCUCCACUUCAUCAAAUGAACAUAUUUGCUCUCUCUGGGAGAUCUGUGCUUCUCCAAGUACAAUACAAUACACGUCUCCGCCAUGUUACCAUCUCACUUCUUUUUUAUUUUUAUCCCACCUUGGUCUGCUGUCAUUUUUGUUUUCUCUUUUAUUUAAUUUAGAAUGUGAACUCUCUGAGCAGGGCCUUUGCUUUUUUAUUUGCCUGUCAAGCACCAUUCACACCUAGAAGUUACACAAAUAAUAAAGGUGAACAGCAUAUGUUGCUCAUUACUAGGUAUGCAAAUCCUAAAUAUACAGAUUGGACUGCCCCUUCUGAAGGAAUAUUUUUAUAUGAACGCAAUGCAGCACAAAGCACUGAUUAUAUACAGGGAAAUUCAAAGUCUAAAGGUUUAGUUUUUUGGGGAUUACUUAGUGAGGAUAUAAAUCAACAGAAAGUGACAUUGGAUUUAUCUUUCUUUAUAGGAUUUAUUUUACCCAGUAGAGCUCUGAUCUGAUGCAGCACUUGGUUUUCAGUCAGAUUUUGCUUUUAUCUCUUAUUUUUUAAACACAGCUGGAGAGCUGACACACAAAGAGAUGAAGUGAAUUGCCUGAGGUGAAUGAUGUCUGAUGGAUUUGAACUCAGGACCAUCCUGGCUCCCAGCUCACCGAUGUAAACAACAUUACAAUACAAGUACAAACCUUACAGUGACUUGCAAUGUAGUUUUUGAAGUCAUUAUUUAGAUGGGAAAUGAACCUAAACUGCUUGUAACUAACAAGUUGAGUUUCUGAGAUUAGGGAGUAAAUUGUUAGAUUUAAAGUAGCAGUUCCCUUUACUCCACAUUGAAAAACCAGCAAUGCUCAGAGCAAAGUUCUUCCUUCCCCAUCUUUGGCUAGGAAAAGGCUGAUGCUCUAACCAAACUGCAGACCUCCAUGGCAAGAUGCAGGCCAAUUUCUCGAGUGAAUAACUUAAAAAUAAAGUGUGUGUGUGUUCAUCCCUUUCUUUCCAUCACCAAGCUUGUCCAUGCCUGGGAUUGAACCCACCUUGACCAGUCACACUUCUGAUUCUGGGCCGGCCACUCAGACCAUGAUACUCUCCCAUCUGAAUCCCUCCACUAGUUUCCUCUGGUCUUCUGAUUCAAGUACAAGCUUCAUGCCUACACCUUCAAGAUGCUAUAUUACACACCAUUGCUACCUGCACUUCUGCCCUUGUUUCUUCCUAUUCUUCCCUAGCCCUGCCAGAGCCUCGCCUCCCACCUUGCUGUACCUGUAGCCUUCUCUAGUCAUUGUUGUGCUGUCAUCUAGGCUCCCUCCUUUAACCUGACCUCUAUAUUCUGGUGUUACCUAUCAGCCUCCCGUCAUUCAAAUCCCUCAAACACACUUCUGCUGAGCUUAUCAAUGCAAACGUACCCUCAGCCUGGAAGAAAUGCUGUUACGCACCUGUUGAAACAUGCAGCGUGCCCUCCUUCUGGUUAUCUAGGGCAGAUUAGCUGCUCAUUUAAUCACUGCCAAAUUCUCUGCAGCUCCCAGUGUGACAUCUGUACAAAUUAUUUUACUAAUUUAUUAUCUAUCAUUUGUAUAUGGGGCUAAGUACCAUAGGCGCUGACUCCAUGGGUGCUCCAGGUCCGGAAAAAAAUUAGUGGGUGCUUAGCACCCACCGGCAGCCAAAUCCUCCCCCUUCCCCCAGUGGCUCCGAUCCAGUGGUGGCCCCACCGAUCAACUCCUACCCCUCCCUCCCAGUGCCUCCCACCCACCACUAAAGAAUAUAGUGUCCCGCGGUGUGCAG